CGUUUCCUGUGUCGCUUUCCAACAGCCGCUUAAUACUUGCAAACAAGAAGAUUCCACGUUUCACCAUCCGCCAUUACCGACGACCUCAAAAAGCUUCAAACCCACUCCAUGUGUUGUGCGACAAAAAGUCAUACGACGCGCAAACAUUGAUCUACACUAUAAAUACUCUCUCCAACCAUGCCAAAAGAAUAAUAAGCAGCCAAUGAUGAAGUCGUUAGUUAUGCUUUCCCUCCUCCUCACUCCACUCCUUUUCUCGUUUUCGAACGCCGCCUUGGAUCCCGACUCAGUUUACCAGUCGUUUCUCCAAUGCCUCCCUUUACAGACAACUGAAUCCGCCGAUGAUCUCUCAUCCAUCGUCUUCAGCUCCACCGCCAAUUCAUCCGCUUACACCGCCGUCCUCCAAGCUUACAUCAAAAACCAACGUCUGAACACAUCCUCAACGCCUAAACCCUCUGUAAUCAUAACUCCGACGACAGAAUCCGAAGUGCAAGCCGCAGUUCUUUGCUCUAAGAAAGUCGGUGUUCAGAUUAAGAUCCGAAGCGGCGGACAUGACUACGAAGGAAUCUCCUACAUCUCAUCCGACCCUGAUUUCAUCAUACUCGAUAUGUUCAAUUUCCGCGACAUCGACGUCAAUAUCGCCGAUGAAACUGCGGUUGUCGGAGCAGGGGCACAGUUGGGAGAGCUUUAUUACAGGAUUUACGAGAAGAGUAAAGUCCAUGGCUUUCCCGCCGGAGUAUGUCCGACGGUUGGUGUCGGUGGUCAUUUAAGCGGCGGUGGUUACGGCACCAUGCUUCGUAAAUUCGGUUUAUCCGUGGAUCACAUCAUAGACGCCCGGAUUGUUGACGUAAAUGGCCGCGUUUUGGAUCGGAAAUCCAUGGGUGAGGAUCUUUUCUGGGCGAUUCGCGGCGGCGGUGGCGCCAGUUUCGGUGUCAUUCUAUCUUAUACCGUGAAAAUUGUUCAGGUGGGGGAGGUUAAUACCAUCUUCCGGAUAAUGAAAACGGUGGCGCAAAACGCGUCGGAACUCGUUUAUAAAUGGCAGUCGGUUAUGGCUGACAUCGACGAUGAUCUUUUCAUCAGAGUCUUGUUACAGCCGGUGACUGUGAAUCGCCAGAGAGUCGGCCGAGCUUCAUUCAUCGCACAUUACUUGGGUGAUGCCGACAGUUUGGUUGCUCUAAUGACCAAAAACUUCCCGGAAUUGGGAUUGAGAAAAGAAGAUUGUGUGGAAGGAAGUUGGAUUGACUCCGUACUUUACUGGGCCAACUUCGACAACACAACCGCGCCGGAGAUUCUCCUCAACCGCCAUUCCGACAACAUCAACUUCGGAAAACGGAAGUCCGACUACGUCCAAACACCAAUCUCAGUAUCCGGGAUUACAUCAAUCUUCAACAAACUAGUGGAAUUGGGUAGACUUGGUUUCGUUUUCAACCCCUACGGCGGAAAAAUGAACGAGAUUGCACCGGACGCCACCCCAAUGCCUCACCGCGCCGGCAACAUUUUCAAAAUCCAAUAUUCAAUCGGGUGGAGCGACCCGGAUCCCGAACUUGAAAGAAACUACUUGAAUCAAACAAGGGUUAUGCAUGAUUUCAUGACACCAUUUGUAUCAAAGAAUCCUAGAGGUGCGUUCUUGAACUACAGAGAUCUUGACAUCGGCGUGAUGACCGGAGACAAUUACAGUGAAGGUAAAGUUUACGGGGAUAUGUAUUUCAUGGGGAAUUUUGAACGAUUAGUGAAGAUAAAGACAGCUGUUGAUCCUGAUAAUUUCUUCAGAAAUGAACAGAGUAUCCCUACUCUCCCCGGAAAAAGCUCAGGUAAAUGUGUGGGUUUAGAUUGUGUACAAGUCUCUUCAAGUGGUUAUUAUGAAGAAGCAAGAAAGAAGAUGUGGAUUCAAAUGUCAUUCCUGGUAUUGUGCAAGAUAUUUUUGGGUUGACUCUGACUUGGAUGUUGUGUGUGUCUGUGUUCUAUGACGAGGCUAGUCGACCCGUGAUUAUCGUUGUAUUGAAGUACAUCUCGUGGUUUGUGGGUCCUAUGAUUUAAUUAAGUAGGGAACUAUGUCAUGAUAUGUAUGUCCUUAUUUAUGUUUGAAUAUUUCCUGAAAUGUCUCCUCAGUCACGGCUACAUGGAAGCUUUUUUGUAUAAGUUUUCUCAAUUUUGUCAAUCAAAAACGUGUUCUUGUUUUCUCA